AUGGCCUCUGGUGGUGUUUUUCGCAAUCGCAAUGUAGUUCUUACCAUGGCAUUUAAUUUCCUUGAUGGAGCGUGCUUUAGUGUCUGGAGUGCGCAACUGCUGCCAGUGUUGGUGAACUCUUUAGGCGGUGAUAAGGCUGUUGGUUGGUGUGCAGCCGCAUUAGGUGUAGCGCAGAUAGUGGGAGCCACUAUUGCUGGUUAUACCGCAGAUAAACUACCACGUAAAGUGGUAAUUCGCAUUGGUGCCUUUUCUGGACUUGUUGCCGUUCCAUCUACUAUCGUUACUGUGCAGUUACUUGUGAUGCCAUCAUUUUACAUUUCCCAAGCUCUCUGGGGUAUCUAUCUUGGUAUGGUUUCUACAAGCUCUGAGGCACUUUUUGCAGAUAGUGUGGCAUCUGGUCAUCGUGCAUUCAUUUACAAUCUUAAAUGGAUUAUUCAGAUUGUCUGUUAUUGUGUUGGUUACUUAGUAGCGCUUAUUAUGCUUUUGGUAAUGGGAAAUGUGUGGUCUACGAAGAGUCUGCAGAUAGUAAUGACAGUAGGACUGGCCGCCCAUCCUAUUGCUCAAUUACUGUUAUUAUUAUUAAAGGAUGAAAAUGCACUGCGUGUUGGUGAUAGUGAUUUACAAGCAGCAGCAGCCAUUAAAAAUAGUAAUACAAUACCACAAAAGAAAGUUCUACAAUCUACGCUUACAACAACACUUAUUGGAGAGGAGGAAACUAUUGUCACGUACGCUGAGAAUAAAACCUCUAUUCAAGUUAAUGCUAAAGAUGAAGAGAACUUAUCUCUGGGACUCCAAAAUAACUCAAAGGAAUAUAGAGAAGAUCAUAUAAACCAAACUAACGUAUGUGAAACUGAUACUUAUUUAUAUUUUAAUUCACCAGACUCUCAUGAUUAUAGAGCUAUAGUUUCUUGGAUAUGUUCACCAAAUGCAGUACCCUAUAUGGUUUGUUUUACCGAUUUCUGGAUGGCUGUUGGGUCUGCUAUGACUGUGCAAUAUAUAACUCUCUUUCUAGUACAUGAUUAUAAAAUUACACCUACAUUGCUGAUGGGUGCUUAUAUUAUUAUCUCCUGUAGUGCCGCUCUCUGUGCUGCCAUUGUACGAUAUGUGGGUGAGCAUUAUAUUGGGCGUCUACCUGCUGUUAUUGCCGUACGCAUUGUGGGUACAACUUUUUUACUAUUGCUCGCCAUUGCAAGAGGUCCUAUGGCAAAGUUUGCCCUGGUGGUUACUUUUUUUAUUAUAAGGAAUGCAACUAUGAACUCCACAAUGGGUAUUACACGCAGUGUGAUUAUGGAUUGUGUACGUAAGGAAAGUCGUGCCAAGUGGUCAGCGUUUGAGAGUUUCUCCUCCUUUACCUGGGCCGGUAGUGCUGUGAUCGGAGGAUAUAUCGCUGAUGCCAAAGGCUAUCAGUUUACAUUCUUUAUUACUGCGAUUAUUCACUACGCUGGUAUACUCGUACUUAUUCCCGCUGCAGUGGCAAUGCAUGGCGCAGAGACGCGUCUACGUGCAGUGAAACGAGCACAGCGAGAGGCGCAACGAAAUACUGGUUUUUCCUGA